GCAGAUAAAAAUAUCACAAAAUCUCUAAGAGGUUUGACUCUUUUUUAGGGUUUCUGAGCGUGGUUCACUGUCUUCAAAUCGGUGCUUCCAAGAGGCAAUAUGAGGCCCAUCUUCUGUGGAAAUUUCGAGUAUGACGCACGGCAGUCUGAGCUGGAACGACUUUUUAGAAGAUAUGGAAGAGUUGAAAGGGUGGAUAUGAAGUCUGGUUAGUUUUCUUCUCAAUCUUAUCUUCAUUUACUCUCAUUAUUAUUAUAACCACAGUAACAUUUUUUGACAAUUUUUUUAUUUGGUUAAUUGUUAUAACAUCGUUUAAUUCUGAAAGUUAAAACUGCUUAAUGGUGGAAAUUAUGCGAGCAAAUUAUUAAGCUUUAAAGCUUUUAAUAGUUUUCAAUAUUUUUUAAUAGUAAGUUUUUUAUAUGCAUUCUGGGAUGGCUUUUGGAAAGGAUAAACAUUUAAUAAUGUAUUCCAGCAUUUUUGUUUAUUUUUUUAUUUUCCAAAAUUGAAUUUUGAAUAUUGAUGUGAAAGUGGUCUCAAAUGGAGCUGAAUGAUGAAAAUCCAAAGUGGUUUGGGUUAAGGCUUAAUUAUUGUCAAUAUUUUGAUAUUGAAUUCAUAUGGCUUGCACUUGUGUAAUAAUUGGUAAACAAAUAUAAAAACAGUCACGGUAAUAUGGCAUUCAUCUUGGUCUCUCUCUCUACUGUUAAGAAGAAAAAGCAUAGUGGUACAAGUUGAGAAAUGAUGGAGAUGCGGUAGUUGAAUUUUUGACAUGAUAGGGGUGAAAGACCAUUUGUGGCUCCAUAAUGUUGAAGGUUUUGGCUCAUUAUAAUGGUAAGUUAAUAGGUUUGUAUAUUUGCUGGCAACACAGAUUUCUCAAAAAAAUAUGAUAAUAAUCUUUGCUGCUGUUGAAUGUGAAAAAUAUCAUAAUAAAAACUUUGCACAAACAAACUUCGGAAUGGGCCAGGAAGUCCUCCACCAUUCUAGCACGCUACAGAGAUCAGCUUCCAUGCUUUAGUGCGUCAGCAUCCGCUCACUGGGAUCGUUUGGUGGGAUACUGCAUUAUCAUUCAGAAUGUGCGACUCUGAGGCAGCAAUCUUCCUUGUUGAGUUCUAGUGGGGGUUAAGGAUUUUUUAAAGAAAAAAAGAAAGUGUGUUUUUUGAAGCAUAAAACCCCCAUAUUCAACAUUUUCUUUGACGCAGGAUUAUCUUGGGAAAUCCAUACUCUUCCUGGCUAAUGGAUGGGCUCAUCAGAAUUCAUUUCCUGCCUGUGACGAGCUUCCUCUUCUUGAUUUUAAGAAGAGUCACUCUGAUCCGCAAUGGUAGAACCUUACCAAUUUUCCUGAGACACUAUUGCCUUUCAAUUCCACAUGUAUUUUGCCCAGCCUUCAAUUUCAGACAUGUUUCAAGAUAGAAACAUUGCCGACCUCCCAGCAGAGGCAACAGAAUAGAUGGAGAAGGCAAUCUAUUUUCAUUGACCCACCAUGAGACAUCCACUUUUGGAUACUAGUUCCUUGACAUCAUUUAGUUCAUCACACAAGGAUUUGCUUUUAUCUAUAUGGAAGAUGAAAGAGAUGCUGAGGAUGCAAUUCGAGGGCUUGAUAGAAUAGAAUUUGGUCGUAAGGGUCGCAGGCUUCGUGUUGAAUGGACAAAGCAAGAGCGAGGCAUUAGAAGACCUGGUAGUUCUAGGAGAUCUUCAACUAAUACUAGACCAUCCAAGACCUUGUUUGUUAUCAAUUUCGAUCCUCAUUAUACAAGGACAAAAGACUUGGAGAGGCACUUUGAGCCAUAUGGCAGGAUAGUGAGUGUUAGAAUUAGAAGAAAUUUUGCAUUUGUUCAGUAUGAAUCACAGGAGGAUGCUACAAAGGCUCUGGAAGCUACAAAUAUGAGCAAGUUGACGGAUCGAGUUAUUUCAGUGGAGUAUGCAGUUCGAGAUGAUGAUGAAAGGAGGAAUGGGUUCAGCCCUGAAAGAGGCCGCGAUAGAUCACCAGACAGGCGAAGCCAUGACAAGAGGAGGUCGCCAAGUCCUUACCGUAGGGAACGAGGAAGCCCUGACUAUGGCCGUGGCCCUAGCCCAGGUCCUUACCGAAGAGAGAGGGCUAGCCCAGACUAUGGUCGUCGUCGCAGCCCGAGUCCCUAUAGGAGAGAGAGGGCUAGUCCUGACUAUGGACGAGGUUCAAGCCGUAGUCCUUACAGGAGAGAGAGGGCUGGCAGUGACCAUGGGCGUGGGCCCAGCUCUAGUCCUUACCGUAGAGAAAGAGCUACUCCCGACAUUGGCCAGAUUCAGAGUGGCAGCCCCUACCAAAGGGGAAGGGCUAGCCCAGACAGUGCUCGCAACCGUAGCCCAAGUCCAUAUGGAAGAGAAAGGGAAAAUGCAGACAAUGGUCGUGGUUCCAGUCGUAGUCCUUAUGCGAGGGCUGGUGCCAGCCCAGACAAUGGUCAUCGGACCAGCCCAAUUUCCUUGCCAGGAGAGAGGGACAGUCCAAAUGAUGUUGGCGCUGAAAGUCCCAUGCAUGAGAGAUACAACAGCCGUUCACCCCCAGCAGAUGAAUGAGUAUGUUCAGAGUUCGAAAAGUAACACCUGCUGGUUUAUUGGUUUUGUCAUUAAGGCGGAGCUCAGUUUGCUACUUGCGCUCUUCAUUUUGUGUUGUAGGAUCUAGAAAGUCUUAGUAUGUAGUUUGUGCUUCAAUUUCGGCUUAAGAACUGUUUGGGUUUUUCUGUUAUUGUCUUGGAAUUAGAUACCAGUAAUAUAAAAAUGCGACUUAUGCUUAA